GACAGGCUGGACGAUGGCCCAGAACAAGCUGUUCAAUAAGAUUCACAAGGCUCUGCAGUCUGACAGGCUGGCUCGCUUGGCUAAUGAAGGGGCUUGCAAUGAGCCAGUCCUGAGGAGGAUAGCAGUGGACAAAUGCGCUCGGAGGGUCCGCCAGGCUCUGGCCAGUGUCAACUGGGACACCAAACUCAUCCAGUGGCUGCACACAACGCUGGUGGAGACCCUCAGCUUGCCAGUGCUGGCUGCUUACCUGGAUGCUCUGCAAACACUGAAAGGAAAGAUCCCCACCCUGAUCGACAGGAUGCUGCUCUCCUCUACCACCAAGACAGGGGCAGCGGGUGCUGAGGCUCUGUCUCUGCUGCUGAAGAGACCUUGGGACCCAGCAGUGGGUGUCUUGUCACAUAAUAAACCAAGCAAAUUGCCUGGUUCCCCCCUCAUCCUGAUUGCUUCCUCUGGACCCUCCAACUCCAUGUUCCCCACUUCCCGACGGCACCGGUUCUGGCAGUCACAGCUUUCCUGCCUGGGAAAGGUGAUUCCCAUCACCACCCAUCUGCUCAACAACGGCAGUGGGGUGGGAGUGCUGCAGUGUCUCGAGCACAUGAUCGGGGCUGUGAGGGGCAAAGUGGCCGAGAUUCACAGCCACUUCUCUCACAAGCCCAUCAUCCUGAUCGGGUGGAACACCGGUGCCUUGGUGGCCUGUCACGUUUCAGUGAUGGAGUAUGUCACUGCAGUUGUGUGCCUUGGAUUCCCCCUUCUCACCGUGGAUGGCCCCAGAGGGGAUGUUGAUGACCCCCUCCUGGAGAUGAAGACCCCUGUCCUCUUUGUGAUCGGGCAGAAUUCCCUGCAGUGCAACAUGGAAGCCAUGGAAGAUUUCCGGGAGAAGAUACGAGCUGAUAACAGCAUGGUGGUGGUGGGAGGAGCAGAUGACAACCUCAGGAUAAGCAAAGCCAAAAAGAAGUCAGAAGGCCUCACCCAGAGCAUGGUGGACCGGUGCAUCCAGGAUGAGAUAGCUGACUUCUUGACUGGAGUCCUCACCCGAGCAGAGAGCCACUCGGGCUCUGAUCCCCGGGACCUGGAUGCAGAGAAGAAGAAGAAGCCCCGAGACUCAACCAGGAGGGAUCUGUCCUUUGACCUGCCAGAAAGGAGCAGCAGACCUGCCUCCCCAGCAGCCAAAGUGCCUGCUUCACCUUCAGGCUCAGAGGACUUGUCCAGCAGCCCCACUUCAAGCCCCAAGACCAAAGUGGCUGCAUUGUCCUCCCUGCAGAAGCCCAGCCAGAUCGGCCCCACGCAGCUGCUGAAGAGGCACGUGCCGAGGCCGGACACUGUCCUCGCCCACAAGCAGGCCCAAGCUCAGUUUGCUGCUUUUCUGAAACAAAACAUGCUGGUGAGGAAAGCUCUUCCUCCUGGCACCUCUUCAUGUCUCUUUGUUCCAGUGUCCUCAGAGCACUCGGAAGGGGCUGACAAAGAUGAUGCGCGUGUGCAGCUGAAGAGGCACCAGACCCCCAGCCCGACCCAGUGCACCAAACCCUCCAAACGAGCCAAAAUCAAGGUGACCAUUGUGUCUCACGGCGAUGCUGCUGGCGUGGGGAACGGAGCAGCCCUCAGCACCCAGGCAGAAAUGGUCGCUGGGAAGCCGGUCCCUAUGGCUGUUGGCCAGGCUGUGCCGGGCGUGAAGGAGCUCUCAGGACUGCUCAGCACCCCCAAGUUGAGUUCAGCAGCAGAAACCUCCUCCACGAGCCCUGCUCCAUCCUCUGUGAUCCCCAGCAGCACAACACCCAGUGCUUUCCAUGCCCUGCAGAGCAGGCUGGUGGCCAGCAGCACCCACUGCAUACAGGCCCAGCCAGCCAGUACCCUCCAAGGAGCAGCAUCUGCCAGCAGCUUGCUGCAAGGCCUGAGCUUCAGCCUGCAGGACAUUGGGACCAAGUCAUCUCCCCUUCCAGCCAGUGUUGGGCAGCCCGUGCAGACCUCGGCUGUGAAGACACCUGCACCUAUCCAGAACCUGAGUGCUAUAACCACGGACACCGGUGCCGUUGUCCGCACCAUCCCGGUUGCCACCUCUCUGUCCUUGGGAGCCUCAGCAGGCGGGAAGCCCACGGCCAUUCACCAGCUGCUGACAAAUGGGGGACUGGCCAAGCUGGCCAGCAGCCUCCCUGGCUUGGCUCAGAUCUCCAACCAGGCAGCAGGCUUGAAGGCCCCUACGACCAUUACUGUGACGCUGCGAGGGCAGCCCAGCCGAGUGACCACACUGAGCCAGGCUGCCAUGGGCACUGUCCAGCCCCAGCUCGAGGAGCAGCCCAUGCACACACAGGCACCUCAG